UUUGAGGUUAUAAACAAUUUUUUGAAAGUGUCAAAUGAUCUAUUUGAUUAUACCACGUGUGUUUGAUAAAUAAAAUAAUUUUUUUCACAUAAACGAAAACCAUGGACGAAGAUAUUAAUUAUUCGGACGAAGAAAUCUCUGAAAAAGAGCAUUCUCGUUUAUUGGAAGCCGUUUCAAAACUAGAUAAAUCUCAACAUAUUCGAAAACCCACAAGAACCGAACCAUCUUUACAAAUAUCCGAAUACAAUUUAGUAAAAUCAAGUGCUGGUAAAAAUAGUACAGUAAAUUUACACAAUUUAGUCAAGGUAUUAAAUAAAAAGUCUAGUCAAAUUGAUAUCACAAAAAAAAUCAAUAAAGUUCGUCGAAAUGUAAAAACAAUUCCAAAACCAUUAGAAAAACCGGAAGCACAGAAAAUUCAACGAACUGUAGCUUAUGAAAAUGUGAAGAAAACACUCGAUAAAUGGGAACCAAUUGUAUAUGCAAACCGUGCUGCUGAACAGCUAGAAUUUCCAUUACGUAAAGAUCCAAAAUUGAAACCUGUCGAGACGACAACGGAUCUGUUGCAACGAUUUCGACUUAAAAGUGAAAUUGAACUUGAAAUGGAAAAAUUAAAACCUGAAAAACCAAAAGAAGAAGUUGAAUCCGAAUUUCCAUUAACAUUGGCUGAAAUGCUAGAACGACGGAAAGAAGCAGCUAAACUUCGUGCUCAGCAAUCGUAUAAAGAGGCAAAAGCUCGACGACAGAAUAAAAUUAAAAGUAAAAAGUAUCACAGAAUUCAAAGACGUGAAAAAAUUAAACAACAAAUUAAGGAAUUUGAAUAUUUACAAAAGAAUAAUCCGGAAGAAGCGUUAAAAAAAUUGGAGGAAAUUGAAAGAGCUCGAGCCGAAGAACGUGUCUCAUUACGACAUCGAUCUACUGGACAAUGGGCGAGGAGUAAACAAGUUCGUGCUAAAUACGAUAAAGAGAGUCGACAAGUUUUGGCCCAACAACUUUCCGUAAGUCGUGAUUUAACGCAAAAGAUUAAAAAAAGUGUUGAUGAUGAUUCAGACAACGAAGAAGAACAAAUCAAUGAAAUCCAUUCAACAUCAGAAGAUCCAUCGAAUCCUUGGAUAAAUGGGAUAAAACCAUCAUCAGAAGUUACAGAUUUUUUAAGUGGAUAUCGAAAAUAUUGGAAUGAAAAAAAUAAAACACAAAUCGAUGUAUCAAACUCUAAGCCACGUGAAGAAAAUAAAUUUACCGAAGUAUCGAGCACUACCUUAGAAAAUGAUGACCAGAUUAUGAAUCAAGAAAUUGAUGAAGAUGAAAUAGAUAUUUUUAAAAGUAAAAUAAAUGAUUUGAAUGAGACAGAAAAGCGUAAAACGCCCAAGAAAACGGUAGCAAAAACAAGUAAGAAAAAUAGCAAGAAAAUUAAUGUAACCAGUACUGUAAAUGGUUGGACUGUUGAAGAAAUUGAUGAAACCCUAAACGUUAAAAAUGAGGAUUCACUAAAGAAAAGGAAAAAACUAAAAGAUUCUAAUCAAGAACCACCUAAAAAGAAAACAAAAGUUAAACAACCUUCAGAAGAGAUUCAAAAGAAGAAAAGAGUUAAACCCUCUGCAGAAGAGACUGAAAAAAAGAAAAAAACGGUAAAAUCAAAACUUCCUGAAUCGCAAAAGGGUACCAUUGACGAUAUUUUUGAAGAUAUCGACUUUAAAUUGGAGAAGAAAUUGAAAAAACGUGUACAGAAUAUAAAAAAUCUUAACGAUUCAUCUCAAUCAGAGAAAAAGGAGAAAAAUGAACCAAAAUCAAAAUAUAAACCAGAUUUAUCGUUAAAAUCACAAAGACAAAUGCGUCCAGAUUUGGAUGAGGCGUUAAUUGAAACUGCUGGCUACACAUCAAAGCCUGCAGUAAUCAAAACAUCACCUCAAGUUCAAGUGGAAAAAUCUGAUGAUAAGAUUCCAGAUAUUGAUCCAACAAGCUUCGUACAAAUUGAACCAAAACAUUUAAAAACUAAAAUUACAACAAAUCAAAAUUUGGACGAUGCUCUUGAUGAUGAAGAUGGAGUUGAAGAAGAUACACAACAAGCUUUGAUAUCCGAAGCUUUCGAAGAUGAUGACAUUAUUGCUGAUUUUCAUAAAGAGAAAAAAGAUGAAGUCGAUGCAAACACUCCUAAAGAUAUUGAUCUAUCAUUACCAGGAUGGGGCUCAUGGGGUGGAAAGGAUAUUAAGAAACGUAAAAGCCGUCGUUUUGUCAUCAAACAACCGAAAAAAGUUCCACGUAAAGACGAUAAUAAAGGAAAUUUAAUAAUUAAAGAGCAUAAGGAUAUUAAAGUUAGGGAACAUCAAGUUAAUGAUUUACCAUUCCCAUUUAAGCGUGUCGAAGAUUUUGAAGCGUCAAUACGUGCACCACUUGGCAAUACAUUCUUACCAGAAACCGCACAUAAACGUUUAGUUAAACCAAGUGUAACAAUUAAAACGGGAGCGAUUAUUGAGCCUAUGGAUGAUAGUCAAUUGGUAUUAAAUAAAAUACGAAAACUGAAGAAUAAAUCUGUAAUUGAAAUUUUUAAUAAAAGACUAUUAUCGCAGCAAUAA